UGACGAUAGAAAGAUAAAAAAACUGUAUGAGAACUGGCACAAGAAUAAGCAAACAAAAACAAUUAUUUCUUAAGUUGAUACCAAUGACAGAAUCCGUAAAUAAACAUGAAGAAUUUCUUCCUGUUACGCGAAAGAAAUGGAUAUGUAAAAAAAAAAUUGCUAAAACCCACAAACAUAUUUUGGACAAUAAAUGUUUAGCGGAAGAUUUUCAGAGUUUUAAAAACAAAUUUAUUGUAAAAUUAAACAAACAAUGCAAUGAUAUGAGUACUUGCGAUUAUUUUGCUCAAGCAAUAAAGGUAUUGGAACAAAGUCUAAGAGAAAUUAAUACAGAAGCACAAAACAUAGAAAAAGUGAUUUGUUUUGGGCUGGGUCCAUUUACGCGUCAUGUUCAAGCACUCCACCAACUUGUUUUCGUAAUUUGUGUACAACGUCUAUAUAAAGUCAAAGAGUGUUUAUACUUUGACCCAAUCUUUAAUGAAACAGAAAGAAAGAUAUUGCAUGAAUUAAAUUGUUUCGUAAUGUCUGAAAACUGUGAAGCUAAAUAUGAAGUAGAACAACCUACCCUAUUUUAUAUGCCUCAUUGUCCAGGCCCUCUAACCAAUAACUUACUUUGGUGUAAUUGGGAACCCAAGAAGCUUCAGAAUGUUAUUUUGAUUAACAAUAGUUUUGAGAGCAUUACCAGCAAUCAGCCUGAACGGAUACUUCGAACCGAUUUGAGUUACAUCUUGGAUAUUCAACCAUAUGUAAAAGAGUUUAUUAUAGAAGAUGAUUAUGAAUUACAAAGCAUUUUUAAUGACUUGUCUGUACAUGCAUUUCCCAGGUUUAAUCUCCCACCUCCUGAUUCAGACUUCUGGCAGAAGAAAGACGCACCUGUUUACACUGAUGAUUCUAUUUUGACUCUUAAUUUUGCCACAUUAAAAUUAUAAUAUAAACUAAAUUCUGUACAAAAUUUUUUACAUUUUUGUAUUUCUAUAAUGUUAGUCAACUUAAAUAUACGUUUAAAAAUGCUCUUAUACAGA